AUUCACGAGAGCGAUGCACUGUUUUAUUACGCUGCUAUAAAGAAUAAUUCGAAAAUACACUAACAAACUUUUGAGCUUAUUUAUAUAUGAAGUUGUCUCACUGAUUUUAUAAAGAGGUUGUUUUUUGGCGCUUUUGAGAAACAUGGACGAUGGAGAAAACGAAGUGGAACCCUUGCCUCUCAGGCACAGAUUGAAGGAUUUUUUGCUUCGAGAGCAGAAACGGCAAAACGAUGCCAAGGUGCAGGUGGACUUUUCCGUCGAUCAGAAUAGUUUCAAAGAACGCCUGCGCUUUUACUGCAUCAAAAACCAAAGAUCUAGUCUCAGGGUUCGAGUGUUUUAUCUUUCGCUCAAGGUGUUGAGCUGCAUUUUGUAUAUAUUCAGAGCGCUGACCGACACAGAAGAUCAACAUAAAUGGGCUUCAAUUAUUUGGGUUAAACGAAAUCACUCGCUUUGGGCUGCACAGGUGUCUGUUGCAGUCAUAUGUUUAUUCAUAAGAAUCCUGCUGACAUAUCUACGAUACAAGGGGAACAUAUGGCAGCAGGUACUUCAAUUGGCGUUCAUCUUGGAAAUGAUUAAUACAGUGCCCUUUGUGAUCGGAAUUUUUUAUCAACCUCUCCAAAACCUCUUCAUCCCUGUGUUUCUGAACUGCUGGCUGGCAAAACGUGCUUUGGAAAACAUGGUUAAUGAUUUUCAUCGUGCUAUUCAGCGGACACAGUCAGCCAUGUUCAAUCAGCUCCUCAUCCUCAUCUCCACCAUCAUCUGCCUCAUUUUCACUUUCAUUUGUGGUGUGGAGCACUUGCAGCGUGCUGGGAAAAAACUCUCUGUUUUUGACUCUUUCUACUUCUGCAUCGUGACAUUCUCUACAGUGGGGUUUGGAGAUGUACUUCCUGACAUCUGGCCCUCCAAGUUACUGGUGGUUAUUAUGAUAUGUGUCGCUUUAGUAGUCCUGCCUAUCCAGUUUGAGGAGCUGGCCUACUUGUGGAUGGAGCGGCAGAAGUCAGGAGGAGAUUACAGCAAGCAAAGAACAGAAUCCGAGAGACACGUGGUGCUGUGUGUCAGUUCAGUCAAACUCGAUCUGCUGAUGGAUUUCCUAAAUGAGUUUUAUGCUCACCCCAGACUUCAGGAGUACUAUGUCAUAAUUCUUUGCCCAGCAGAGCAGGACGUGGCAGUGAGACGGGUGCUGCGGAUCCCAAUGUGGUCACAUAGAGUCAUAUAUCUGCAGGGCUCUGCCCUCAAAGAUCAAGAUCUGGUCAGAGCAAAGAUGGAUAACGCUGAGGCUUGCUUCAUUCUCACCUGUCGCUGUGAGGAGGACCGCAAUGCAGCAGAUUACCAGACCAUCCUGAGGGCUUGGGCAGUGAAGGACUUUGCUCCAAGCUGCACUCUUUUCGUUCAGAUUCUCAAACCAGAAAACAAAUUUCAUGUGAAAUUUGCAGAUCAUAUUGUCUGUGAGGAAGAGUUUAAAUAUGCUAUGCUGGCCCUAAACUGCAUCUGUCCUGCGACGUCCACCUUCAUCACCCUGCUGGUGCACACAUCUCGAGGCCUGGAGGGUCAGCACUCUCCUGAGGACUGGCACAGAAUUUACGGAAAAUGCUCAGGAAAUGAAGUGUACAGCAUUGUUCUGAAAGAAAGCAUCUUCUUUUCUGAGUAUGAAGGAAAGAGCUUCACCUAUGCCUCCUUUAAUGCGUAUAAUAAGUAUGGCAUCUGUCUCAUUGGAGUGUGUCCUGACAACACUAAGAAGAAUAUACUACUGAACCCAGGUCCUGAGCACAUCAUGAACCCCUUGGACGUGUGCUUCUACAUCAGUCUCACCAAAGAGGAGAACACCUGCUUUAAAACUCAGACAGGCUGCAGAAACAGCCCCAAGACUCAACCUCCAACCUGCAGCGCUAUUGCUAGCAUGGGUGCGGUGGCCAUAGACCUGCAGGAAAUAAGCAUUGCGUCCAGUUUAGGUGCAUCGCUCUCAACUGAAACUAACAUGGUUCCUGUUCUAGAAUUGCCUGAUUCACCUUCGCUCCAGACUGCAAACCUGUUCAGCGAUCAGUCAAAGUGUCCAUGUCAGCCCAACACUGGAGAUGAAGGCAGCAAUGAUUAUGUUAAGGGAUAUCCUCCAGAUUUACCCUACAUCGGAAGCUCACCGAUACUUUGCCAUUUACGGAAAAAGAAAACACCCAAAUGUUGUAUGAAGCUACAAAAGACCUGCUACCACAAAGACGAAGAAGAUGUCAAAGCGUACGGUUUAAAGGACAAGCUCAUCAUUGUGUCUGCUGAGGCCACAGGAAACGGCCUGUACAACUUCAUCCUGCCAUUACGAGCCUCUUACAGACCAGAGAAUGAACUGUGUCCCAUCGUGCUGCUCUUGGAACAGGAGCCAGACGCAGAGUUUCUUGAGACUGUCUGUUGGUUCCCAAUGAUCUAUUACUUCCUUGGAACAAUCGACAGUCUGGAUGACCUGCUGCGUUGUGGCGUCUCUUUUGCUGCUAGUAUGGUGGUUGUGGAUAAGGAGAGCACCAUGUUUGCUGAGGAAGACUAUAUGGCUGAUGCAAAAACCAUUAUUAACGUCCAGACUCUGUUCAGGUUGCUCUCUGGCCUCAACAUCAUCACAGAGUUAACUCAUCCCGCUAACAUGAGAUUCAUGCAGUUCAGCGCCAAGGACUGUCACUCGCUGGCUUUCUCCAAACUAGAGAAGAAAGAAAGAGAGAAAGGCUCAAACCUGUCCUUCAUAUUUCGCCUGCCCUUUGCAGCUGGUAGGGUGUUUAGCAUUGGGAUGCUGGACACACUUCUCUAUCAGUGUUUCGUUAAGGAUUAUAUGAUCACCAUCACCAGACUACUGCUUGGACUGGAGAACACACCAAAAUCUGGUUUUCUUUGUUCUAUGAGCAUCACAGAGGAGGACUUGUGCAUCGAGACGUACGGCAGACUGUAUGAAAUGCUCUCGUCCACUGUAGGAGACAUUCCCAUCGGCAUCUACAGGACUGAGUCUCAGACUCUUGAACCUCCUGAGACUCCACUAUCCCAGAUGUCAGACAAAGUGUCAGUCUUUGAGGAGGGAAAGGACCAAGAGGAGCAGCAUCAGGCUCUUCACUGUGAAUCGCCAGACAUCCAGACUCAUUCUCUGCGUCGAAGGAGCAUGCAGUGGGCUUCCAAUCUGCUGGGGCCGUGGCACGCUGAGCGAGAUGCAGACAGACAGCAGCGCGGCGUCCUGCUCUCAUGCUCCGAGAGACUGGAGCUCACAGAGCUGGUCAAGAAACGCAUGCAGAACCUGGGGCUCUCCACACACGGAUUCGAUAAAAUGAAUAAUAACCAGAGCAGUCACUCAUACGCCUUGAUCAACCCGUCACCAGAUACAAAACUGGAGCUGAAUGACAUUGUGUACAUCAUCCGUAAAGAUCCUCUCUCAUUAGAGCUGUACGAUACUGACAUCAAGAAAAGCUGGAGGAGUGAUUCACAAAUAAGAGAGAGGAACACAAAGAAUCAUCUGUGAAUGAAGAUCUGUUUGUCUUCACUGUGACAUGAGUAAAGCUUGUUCUUCAGCAUCAGGUUAAGCAGCUGCAAACCUUUAACGCAGUACCUAUACAUCGCUUAGAAUAAUGCAUGUAAAGUCUCUACAUUUAAAAGACAGAACAGUGCCAGUGUAACCCACCUACAAAGACCACAAUAAUAUCUCUCAAUAAA